UGCAGCGGAGUGACUUUCCCUGUUGCCUGGCAACGCCUCCAAACUUAAACGGACGUUGAGAGAAAUUACAAUAGCUGAACGUUGAAGGCAGCAAAACAUUAAACAUGAGUCAAAGUUAAGAUAGAAAACCAGGGCAGCAGAUGAGUUAACGUUAACAGAAAAUGUCGGAAGAACACUCACAGGAAAACACUGAAGGAUGUGUCACUGAACACUCUGAGGAGGAUGAGGAGGAAUCAAAAAAGCAGCUCCCUGCAGACAUGUACUACAAUUAUGAAGAGCUUCAUUCGAGACCGUUCAUAACAUCCGACUCUGAAAUCCCAGAGAACCUCCUGCACCUUUCUCACUCCUUCGGUUUUGACAGUGGGCGCAGGGGGAACCUGCAGCUGCUGAAUGACAGAACUCUAAUCUUUAUAGCUGGAAACCUGCUCGUCCUGCUGGACGUUUUCACCAAGGAACAGAGAUACAUCCGCUCCUGCAGCGGAGGAGGAAUCGGCGCCAUCACGACACACCCUAGCAAGGAGUACUUUGUUGUAGCUGAGAAGGGAAACAAGCCCAACAUCAUAGUCUAUGAAUAUCCCUCGUUACGACCGUAUCGCAUCCUCAGAGGUGGCACAGAGAGAGCGUACAGCUUUGUGAAUUUUAACCGUGAUGGGAGCCUGUUGGCCAGUGUGGGGAAUGCGCCUGACUUCAUGAUGACGCUGUGGGAUUGGAGGCAGGAGUUGAUGCACAGCUGCAUGGCCACUUCAAAGGAGGUUUACCGACUCAGCUUCUCUCCACACAACCCGGGACUGUUCACAUCAUCAGGAGCUGGACACAUCAUGUUUUGUAAAUUUGGCAGCUCAUUCACAAGUGAGAAAUUACAAGGUGUUAUGGGACCUUUUGGGAAUAUUCCAGCAACUAAUAUUGAGGGUUACAUGGAGCUUCCUGAUGGAAAGGUGGUGUCUGGCUCAGACUGGGGCAACUUGCUGCUGUGGGAAGGGAAUAUGGUGAAGGUGGAGAUCUGCCGUAAGGGUGGGCGGAACUGCCACGCCGGGAUUGUUCAGCCAUUUGCCCUAGAGGACGGACAGCUGAUGACGAUGGGCUCUGAUGGAGCGGUCCGGGGCUGGGACUUUGAGAGCAUCGACACUGCUAAUAGUAAAAGCAGCAGCAGCAGGUUUGAGAUGGAGCCAAUGAAUGAGAUGGUGGUCGGUCAUAACGUCUGCCUCUCCUCAAUAGUGAGGAGUUCUGUGACUGACUCCUUCGUCUGGUUUGCUCAGGAUUCAAACGGAGCCAUCUGGAAACUGGAUCUGUCAUUCACCUACACAACUCCUGAUCCCGAGUGCCUGUUUUCCUUCCACGCUGGACCGAUCCAGGGCCUGGAUGUGUCGAGGAAAUCCCACCUCAUGGCCACAACAUCUCUAGACCGUUCAAUCAGAGUUUUUGACUUCCUUGCAAAAAAAGAACUGACCACCAUUCGCUUCAGUCAGGGUGGAACUUGUCUCAGCUGGGCUCCAACUUUGGUGAACCAGAGUGGAGGUUUACUGGUGACAGGCUUUAAGGAUGGGGUGGUCAGGUUACUGGAGCUGUACGACCCCCAGAGGCUGCAUGCGGUCGUCGGGCGCAGUCCCAAAGGAGAUGCAAAGCUGCAACUCAAACAGGCCUUCAAACCCCAUAAUGCUCCUGUAACUGCUGUUGCGUAUGAGCGGAAUGGGGAGAUCUUAGCCACAGGGAGCUCAGACAGCACGGUGUUCUUCUUCACUGUUGGGGAAAAAUACAACCCCAUCGGAUUUGUCCGUGUUCCCGGGCCGGUGCAGGCGCUGGAGUGGUCUCCUCAUUCACAUAGUGAAAACAGGCUGCUCGUCCUGUGUCAGAACGGUCACGUGGUCGAGGUGCAGAGUCCUGAUCCAGAGGCCCGGAAGCCGACCAAAACCUUCCAGCUCCCUGAGUUGCCCUGCAGAUAUUUCAGGUUCAGGAGCAUCAAAUCUCGAGUCAAGAGAGACGAGGAAAUCGCAAGACGUCAAGCUGCAAAAGAAAAGAAGGAGAAAGAGAGAGAGGAGAGGUUGAAAGAGCAGCCAGCAGCAGGGCAAGAGGAAGAAGAAGAAGAGGAGGAAGAGGAAGAGCUGCCCUCUAUCUACAUCCCCGACCCUCCAAGUCCUCUCUACUGUGGCUUCUACUCACAGCCUGGCCAGUUCUGGCUUUCCAUGGGAGGCUAUGACUCAGGCUUCUUGUAUCACUGUAAGUUCUCUGAAGAGCAGGACCAGGAUCUGGACCAGCGGCAGGAUGAGCCGUUUGACUGGCUUUCUGUCCAUGACACAGACAACGACCCCAUUCGCUCCAUCACCUUCAGCUCCAACAAGCAGCUGCUGCUCUGUGGCAUGCACUCAGGCUCCAUCAGAGUUUACCCUCUGCAGCCCAGCGACCACAGCCUCACCUCCAUGACGGCGUACUGGGCUCUCAGUGCCCACGACAACCAGUACGGACACUUACGGCACAUCCGCUGUGGCUAUGACGACCACUUUGUGUUGACCGCGGGAGACGACGGGAACAUCUUCUCCUUCAGCCUGAUUCCUCCGGAGGAGCUCGAGAAAGACCUCCAGAGAAAGAGAGCCAAGGUUCCUUCACCCAGGACGGGUCUUGAGAAUGAGACGUUAGCACAGGACAUUGAGGACCCAGCAGCCUACAGCAUAGAGACAGCCAAGCAGAAGCUAGAGAAGGACCGUCUGCGUCGGGCGGCCGAGCUGAAGAUUGUAGCGAAGCAAAAGAAGCUGUCUGAGCUCCAGAAGAAGUUUAAACAGCAGCUGAACAAAAACCAGAGUCUGGUGGAGCAUGUUCGUCUGAAACCUCAGAAGCUGCAGCUGGACCGGCGUUUCAUUGAGCAGGCAGAGAGGCUGAAGGCUCAGCAGGUGAGGGAGAUCAGAAAACACAUGGCCUGGGAGCAGGAGCGCUGCAGCAUAGCACUCAGCAAACUACAGACCUGGUUCGCAGACUCUCUGGACUCCGACGUGAUCACUGUGGUUGCCAUCUGCACCGACCACAGAGUCUUCACUUACCGUUUGCCAGCACUAACCGAGCCUUCAGCCCAGCACAGACAUCAGACCAAACCCGAUGACGGAGCUGCUGCACCAGAAAAAAAACUACCCAAGCCUGAGCCUGCAAAAGACAGCAGCACAUUAGAAGACGAGGAGGUGCCGCGCCCCCUGGCGGCUUGUCCAGCAGGGAUUAAGCUGGAAUAUCGACAGAUUGAGAGGCUGCGAAAGGCUGCAGAGAAAGCUGAACAAGCUCGAGCCAAGAUCGAGAAGAGGAAGCAGGAAUGGGCCCAACUUUAUGCAGAGAAGCCAAGCAAGGACUCUGUGGAUCCGCAGGAUGUGCAGGCCAUCCGCGAAGCCCAAGAGAACAUGGGGGACUUAAAGCUGAAGUCAGCUAAAGACUUCAUUGUGCCCAAACACCUGAGGAUCAGCGUGAAGGGGAAGAGAGCAGAGCUGAUUGGCCUGGAGGAAAAUAUCCGUGAGAAGCAGACUGAGAUCAACAGGCAGAUCAGAGGGUUGCGGGACUCCAAGGUUCGCCUGGUGUCUCAGUUGCGUGAUCUAGCUAAGCAGGUCCAGAAGGUCCAGAAGCGUCUGGCGGCCCAUUUUCACCGCCCUACACCCGCUCUGCCCGCCAUGCUACCAGAGGAAACACCAGAGAAGAAGCUGCAGUAUAGCAGUGCUAUCCUGGAGCGAUACAGGGUUCUUCUGAAGGAACAGAGGUCCCGGACCAUGGAGCAGGAUGGAGCCACAAGUUUAUUGGAGAAGAUGGAAGGAGAGGAAUGGAAAGAGGAUGAAGAAGAAGAGGAAGAGAGAGGAGAGGAAGGGGAUCUGAGCCUGUCAGGUUCACUUGCAAACACAGAAGAAGAAAAGACAGCAGUGGAGGAAGGAACGAAGCUGACGGAGCUGAGUGAGUUCCAGAGGGACAAGGAGCUUCAGAGGGAUGAGGAGGUCCAGAGGGAACAGGAGUUCCAGAGGGAGGAGGAGAUCAGACUGCUUCACGAGCAGGACUUUCUGCUGGAGCAGAUGGAGAUUCUGGUGUGUCAGUUCGAUGCUGAGCUCCAGCUGCUCCGUCACCAGAAGCUGCGUCUGGAUUGGCAGCUGAAGCAGGCAGACCUCUGUCAGCUUACACUGUACCAGGAAGUGUUGCUCCUCAAGGAGUUUGAGAAGAGGGAAGACAAACUGCAGGAGACGAUCGACGAAUGCAUUAAAGAGGAGAACAGCAUCACGUGUGAACUGGAGGAGUACAAUGAACAGCUGGAGCUGAAGCGGGCAGAAAUAGCCAAGCUACAGGAGAGAGAGAAGGUUUUGGCGGCCGCCUUCAAGGCUUCAGUGGGCGAGGAGAACAAGUUUGGAGAGCUUCUGACCAGAGUCUUCAAGAUGAAGAUCAAACGUGUUAAGAUGGAGGAGAAAAAGGCGGCAAAUGAAGAAGAAAAGAAAGAAGAGAAGGACAGUGGUGAAAGCUCUAAUGAAGACAAAUCCUCGGAUGAGGACGACGAUGAUGAUGAUGACGAAGAUGACGACGACGAUGAUGAUUAUGACAGCGGUGCAGCUGACGCUAAUACUUGCCCUCCAGGCUGCGAUCCAGAAUUGUUCGAGAACAUACUGCAGCUGCGUGAGCGUCGGCUGGACCUUGAGGAACUGCUGGUGGAGAAGAGGAAGAGUGCUGAAGCUCUGAAGAAAGCGUGUGAGCCCCUCAUCAAGAAGGAGAAAUCAGUGAAGAGCAUUCGGGUGCCUGCAGAGGAUGAGCUGGAGCUAGUAAACAGAGAGAAACAUCAGAAAAUGAAUGAGCUGGAUGUGGUGUUUCCUCUCAGACUGCACCAGAUUGAGUUUGUCACCAACGAUUCGGUGCCGUCUGACCUGAGCCCAGCGUUGGUGCUGAACCAGAUGGAGCUGAGCAGGCUGCAAGAGCGCAUCAAACAGUUACAGGAGGAGAAGAGCCAGCAGAAAGAUCUGUACUCUCUGACCCGCCAGCAGCACGUCAGACUCAUCCAUGACUGCAAGGACAUGAACGGCAGUGUUCAGGAGCUGGAGAAGCAGUGUGACCAGAUGAUGAUGUUGAGGUUUGGGAGGAUGGUGGAUAUGGAAGUUCUACUGACACUGUCGGGGAACAGGGCGCUGGAGGAGCUCAAGCAGGACAAACUCAUCCGAGAAGAUGCGUACGCCAAGGAAAUGAAAGAGUGGGAUGCAAAGGUAGAAGAGGCACAUCAGGCUCUGAUGGAGGUGACCAGAUGUAACACAGCGCGUCUCUCCAGCACGACGAUGUUCUUCGACCAGAAGAGAGAACUGGAGCAUAAACUAAACGCCAGGCAGAAUAAAAUGGGCAGACAUUUCCAGGAUUACAGGAGCCGUAUGGACCAGAAGGAGAUCCAGAGGCUUCAGAAGCUGGUGCAGAUACAAUCGCAGCAGGCUGAGGCCCUCGGGAGGGAGAUUGAUGUCCUGUCCCGUAAAGGAGGCCACGUCCUGCCCCCCGGCCAUGCUCCACUGCCCCCGCUUGCCCCUUUGCCCACCCCGACUGACCACACCCACACAGGGCAUCCAUCCACACAGCUGAAAAGACCAAACUCAACUAGCAGAGAGAACUCUCCUCACUAUUAGCACUAUUAUUAACUACACUACAGUUUGUUCACUGCUGUAUUUAUGCAUAAUUAUUAAAUGUCAAAGUCUUAAA